GAGAGAGAGAGAGAGAGAGAGAGAGGAACCUGUACGGUUGUACAAGGAGAUCCAGGAAUCCGCCAGAGAUAAUAAUAAUUGCACACCAUUUUUUUGCAGAGUUGAACCACGGGUCGCUGUUGUCAGUCGCUGCACUGGAAGACACAGUGUGUGUCUCCUCUUGUCUCUGCCGGAUCUGGACUUUUUAUUUUUUGCUUUUUGGAGAGCUGCACCGGUCUUCUCAUUUUUUUUUUAUUUUUUUUUUUGUGGUGUGAGUGUUUGAGCUCAGCGGUGUCUGAACUGGUGAAUGAUAUGAAGUAUGUGCAGGCCGUGCUAUAGAGACCUCACUGUCACAUGAUCUGGAAUCAUCUAAUGAGCUUGAAACUGAAGAGAUUCAAGAGAAGCCAAUAAAAUGAAGAACAGAAGUGGGGCGGAAUAACAAACCUGAUGAACAGACCUCUCAACAUUUCUGUCAACUUUUACAAAAUGAUGACCUGGAAUUGAGUGAAACUCUUCCCUUUAUGCGGAAGAGACAAAGACAUUGUUAAAUCUAAAUUUGGUACCUUUUUUAGUCUGAAAAGAAAUCCAUAUUACUUGUCUGAAUAAAUGUUAUAUCUACAUGUGUUGGUUUCUAUGGUGCCAGUGGCCCCUAGAUAGUUUGAGCCAUCAUCAACGUCAUUCAUUGACAGUGCUAGAUGAAGAUGGAUAGAUGGUGUUGCAUCCAGUAACUGGAGAGUGUUAAAUGAGCUGCUGUGUAAGCAGCUUCAUCUCUGGAUGAUUGAAGGCAGAUUGCAUUUUAACUGACCAACAAAGGCACACUAGACAUCUCUCGAUGUGCAACUGCAGAUAGCAGUAGUUUCAGGUUGUAUUGAGCUUGUGAAAGGCCAGGUAGACAGGGUAGUAUAGUUUGUGCAAUGAAUCCUAAAGGCAGCGUGGAGGUGAUGGAGACCCAGACCCGAAGUCAGAAGGAGAAGCUGGCUGAAGACCCGAUCAACAUUGGCAACGAGGUUGAGGGUGAGGACGGCAAACUCCCCGGGGCUUACAACUGCAACGUUUGUGGACGCAGCUUCCCGUUCCUUAGCUCUUUGUCCCAGCAUAUGAGACGCCACACUGGUGUGCGCCCUUACAAAUGCCCCUACUGUGACCACAGGGCCUCUCAGAAGGGCAACCUCAAAGUUCACAUCCGCAGCCACAAACUGGGCACGCUCUCUAGCCACCACUCCAAUGAGGAUGAAGAGGGUGGGGCCGAGGAGGAGGAGAUGAGUGUUUCAGAGGGUCUCGACGGAGGUACGAGUCCAACUAAGAGCAGCUCCGCCUGUAACCGGAUGAUCAAUGGAGACAGUGGUGAGGAGAGUCGGAGGAAAGUGCCUGGGAGGAGCAUGAAAAGAGAGAAGCCUGUUACCGACCAGAGGCCUUACUGUUGCCGUCUGUGUGGCUACGAGGCCCAUCGAGAAGACCAGCUCCUCAGUCAUAUUGAAAAGGUCCACAUAACAGCAGAUACAGAGGAGGAGACCCCUGUCAAGGAAGAGGCUGUGCCCGAACCUGAUGUGGUCCAACCCCAGAGUGAUGGGACCUUCCCCUGUGAGACCUGUGGCCAGAUUUUUACCCAGGCCUGGUUUCUAAAGUCACAUAUGAAGAAACAUGCAGGGAUCCUGGACCACUGCUGUCGUAUUUGUGGACGACGGUUCCGGGAAGCUUGGUUUCUCAAAUCGCACAUGAAAACACACAACAGCAGAGCCAGGUCAAAGUCAAAAGCAGAAUCCACUGAGCAACCGGCCACUAUCAACGACGUAGCCCAGGAUCCUGAAAUUGUCACUGGGUCUGCAACAUCCAUCUAUCAAAUGUGUUCCAAAUGUGGGAACCUGUUCCACGACAAAGAGAGCCUGAGGGCCCAUGACAAAAUCCACAGUCCAAGUCAUGGCAGGAAAUCCCAGAACCAGUGCAGACUCAGUGAUGAUGAGGACUCACCAGCUGCUAAGAGACGUUACCUUGACUACUUUAACCUCCAGCCUGUUGAGAAAAAGACCCUGGAUGAAAAAGAGAGUGAGAAGAGGAUGCUAGGUCAAAGAAUCCCAGAGCUGGAUCCAGUUUGUAGCUACCAGGCCUGGCAAUUAGCUACUAAAGGAAGGGUUGUUGAGCCAGUGGAGGGGAGUUCCAAGGCCUCCUAUGGGGGAGGAAGUGUGGGGGAGGAGGCCCUCGCCGGAGCUGCUGUGGUUUUUGAGAAGGAAAGCAGCCGUUACGUCCUGCAAGGUCAAGAGAAACGCAGCUCAGGCCGACGCAGCAGCUCCGGAUUGGGAAGCCGUGCUUCUUCAGGGGACCGGACACCAGAGAGCCUCAGCGACUCGGAGUACCGGCCUUCGUCUCGCCAGGACCGACGGCGACCAUCUUCCUCGAAGUCUAACGAGUGCUUUGAGUGCGGGAAGGUGUUUCGCAGUCGUCACCAGAUGAUCGUCCACCAGCGGGUCCACAGUAAGCACGGAGGUAGGGCAUCUGCGGGACACAAUGAAAGAACUGCAAGAGACGACCGAUGGGGGUCCACCAGUGAUCCAGAGUCAGGCUCCCCCAGCCGGCCCUGCACCCCUGGGUAUGGAGACUCUCCACCAGCCUCCACCCUUGGAGACCAGGCCUCAGAGAUGGGUACCGCAAAAUCUGGAGAGAUUGCAGAUGAGAAGCCUUACAUCUGCACCCUUUGUGACUUCGUCACCCCAGAGUUGCAGGCCUAUUUGACUCACGUCCGGGUCCAACACCCGGCUGUCCCCGGAGAUAGACCCAGUCCCGUUCCCAGCCCAAGCUCCAGCUCGGAAAGAGGCACCCGAAGUGGUUAUCCCAAGCUGAAGAAAGCUCUUCUUCAGGGGUUGAACAACUCUGCAUCCCCACCUGCGUACCUUUCAGCUCGAUCCUCCUCGCUCGAUCCCAGCAUGACCCCUGUGGAUCUAUGUGUGAGGGCUGAGGGUUGCAGGGGCCUAGCCUCCCUAAUCCAGGACAGGAAGAGCCUCCCUAGCCACAAGUGCUCCUUCUGCUCCCACUCCACCCGCUACCCCGAGGUGCUCUGGGUGCACCAGACUGUGGCUCACCGCAUCAACAGCAGCAGCUCCAAUCUUGCUCCUAAAUGGGCUCUCAAACACAGCUCCAAGGGCUCCAGGGACAACUUAUUAUCCUCCAGGAGACGCACUGGUCCCCCGCCAGUCCUGGAGGGAAAGGAAUGCCCACCGCUGCCUCCACUGAUGCGUACCCAGCGUACCCGGCCCCCAACUUACUCCAGUGAGGUUCUAAAGAAAAGCAAGCCAGCCAGUCAGGCAGCCAUGCCUUCAUCAUCAUCAUCAUCAUCAUCAUCAUCAUCAUCCUCCUCAACCCCCUCUUCCUCAUUCACCAGGGGCUCCUCAUCCACCACAGGCACCCAUGCUCGGAAAGUCCCUGUCCGGCCAGGAAACAGCAACAGCAACAGCAACAGCAACAACAGCAACAUCAGCAGCAGCAACAGCAGCAGCAGCAGCAGCAGCAGCAGCAGUACUGUCAGACACAUGGAGGACCAGAAUCAUCAGUCUGGGUUCAAACCCAAAGUGGAUAUUUACCCUCGGGGAGGCUCGUCGUCUUCCUCCAGCCCCUUGGAGAAGAGCACCAGUGCCCUCUCACAUUCCUCAGCCCCAAGCCCCAGCUCUGCUACUGCAUCCCGGAUGGCUGACCGCUACUUGAUGCCUCAAGAGGGCCUCGGCUUCAUGCUGUCCAGCAAACACGGCCUAUCAGAGUACAGCCGAGCAAGGGGUUCCCCUCAUCAGCCGCUCCCAAACUCCCACGGCCAGAGGCGAGCUAACGCUUCCAGGCCCAGCGCCAUCACCCACCGCUCCACAGUGGGACACAACUACGGAUCUUCCCAGGCACAUGGAGGCACUCUGCUGAACUCCUCCUCCUCCUCCUCCUCCUCCUCUUCUUCUUCUUCUUUGCCUUCAGAGGCUCGUGGAGAUGUGAAGCAGGAGCCAAUCGCAGAGACACCAGAGACGCCAACUGACAUCCUCGGCUUCCUUAAAAACUACAACCCUCACGAACUGGCUUCGCUCUACCACCGCUGGGGUGCGGCCAAUGCAAUGCUGGAUCCAACUGGGAUGCUGAGGUCUCUGAUGCGGCAGGGACAGUAUUUCUGCUAUGAGUGCGGGAAGAGUUUCAGUCAGCCCAGCCACCUGCGCACUCAUAUGAGAUCCCACACAGGGGAGAGGCCAUUCCUCUGCCAGCUCUGCCCAUACCGAGCAUCUCAGAAAGGGAACCUAAAGACGCACGUCCAGAGUGUCCACCACAUGCCUUUUGACAACAGCCAGUACCCAGACACAAGGAGCUUGUUAUCGAGCCGGGAGGAGCGAGGAGCACUGGCUGCCAAACACCCACCACAACACCACCAACAACAACAACAGUAGACCAUCUGAUAGACCGGGAUCCGGGACCAGACUAGUCAGGGAAUCACACAACCUAAAAAACACCAUGGCCACUUCUAAAAAUCAGAGGAGUCUUCUCCAUGCAUCAUCCUUUAAUGACCUUAGAAGAAUUAUCUACAAUGAAGGCUCUUGUAGUUGUUGUUAUUUUUUUUUAAAUAAGAAGUUAGUUAGAGCUGUGCUAGGCAAUUUUAGCAGCAGAGAAGAGUGUCUUAUGUACUAACGGAAAAAGUUUCUGUCACACAUGUGGGACAUUUGUCUUUCUCCGCACAGAAGAAAUGAAGAGCAAAAAAGUGUCCCCUCAGCAGGAAAGCUGGACUCACCGAGGAUCGAUUUUUUUUGCUACUUUAGUUUGAAGGUUGGCAACACUGAGCUGACUGUGUGUUGUUUACAUCCCUUUUUUAAGGAUUUCUGAAUACAGAAGCCCUCAAAAUUCAAAGAGUUGCUUUUUUUUUUGCUGCCAUUCAAGAGGCACCGACGAGGGAAGUGGCCCAGCGCAGCUUCACGAGAAAAGCAACGUUUUUAUGAAGAGAAGCAAAAAAAAACAAAAAAAAAACUUGAAUGCGACUGCUUGUGUUUUCAUCAAGGACUGUGACAUUGCAUGGCUGCUGUAGUUGCCCCCUCCCCCCCCCACAAUUAAUUUUUUUUUUUCUUAGCUUUAUUUUCUAAGAGUUUGUGCAUUCCUCAGGACACAAAUCAUCAGAGAUUAGAUGAGAAAAACGAUGCUCCGCAGUUCACCAACAGUCAAUUUGCAAAUGAAGACUUGCAUCUGUCUGUCUGUCUUUGUGUGUGUGUGUGUGUGUGUGUGUGUGUGUGUGUGUGUGUCUGCGUGCACAAGUGUGUAAAACUCACCUCCCUCCAGUCCAGAGUGUAAUGUUAGAAGUGCAGUGACCACUCUGAGGCUGUGUAGCUGUUGAUUGGAAGGAAGGAGAGAGAGAGAGAGAGAGAGAGAGAGAGAGAGAGAGAGAGAGAGAGAGAGAGAGAGCGUUAAUGGGGGUGUCUGCUUUAGUGCUCAUUAAAAAGAGUGUGCGUUUUUAAUAGCCAAUAUAGAUGAGCGUACCACUUUUAUGGUCAUUCAAUUAUUGUCCAUUUAAGAGGAAGGGACUGAGUGGAGGCAGUUUUCCUCCAUAACUCCAUCAUAUUAGAGAGUGUUUCCGACACUUCUGACUUUGAGUUAGUCCGACAGUGGCGGGUGCAGGAAGAUGCUAGCUCGGCUGUGGAUUGCACGGAUUAAACUCCGCCUUGUGCACUUGCAAAAGAGAAUAUGGUACUACUUGUGUUAACCAGCAACGUUUUCAUUCAUGCUGCUAAAGGGCAACACGGACCCUUUGGCCUGUUGGUUUUUAAGAGAUGAAAGCUUUGGUACCAAAACCAACCCAGUCUCUCUGGUAGGAAGCCUGUCAGCAGCUCGAAAUACCUUAGCACCUGUGUAACCAGAGGGGUCACAAGUUGCUUCCGGUCUGUGCUAAGCUAUGCUAAGCUCGGCUAAUGAGCCACUUGCUGAUUUUUUAGUGGACAAGCAUGAGAGUGGUAGUAUUCUUAUCUUCUCAUUAUCUAAAACUCUGCAAUUAUGUGAAUAUUUCUGAAAAAUGUGUCAAACUAUUCCUUUACAAGUGACAGGUUGCCUAAAGAGAUAAAUAAAAAAUAAACAUCGACAUCUGUCAGCAACAUGUCCGCUGUUACGGAGCAUGCACAUCCAGCAGAAGAACCUACCAGAGAUAAAGAGCUCAUUGUGUUACCAAAGCAUUCAAGCAGACUAAAACCCCCAUACUGUCAGGUCUAGCUUUUCUUGAAUGGUGAUGUGAAGGUUUGCAUUCUGGGAAGAAAAAGUGAUGAGGUCAUAUAGAUAGAGAGAGAGAGAGAGAAAGAAAGAAAGAAAGAGAAAGAGAGAGCGAGACAGAGUUUAGGAUGUCAGGCUUUCAGAGAGUUUAGAUGGAGACAUUUUGAAGCCAAGUGAAUCGUAGAGCCGCCACAGCCUUAACACAAGUGUGUGUGUGUGUGAGAGAGAGAGAGAGUAUGCAUUUAUGUGUGUGUACGUGCAUCCUAUCCAAACCUCUCCAUACUGUAUAAGUACUGCAGCCACCCUCUAUGCUUUGUAUACUAGCCUACCUCCUUCGCGAUUAAAAGCCUGUUUUUUGUUUUUUUUAACACACAGAAAUUAGAGAGCUAAGUGACCGUGAGGAGGUAUUCACUGAAUUUGACAAAAAGUGUAUCGGAUUAACUUACUAUACCUUUAAGUUUAUUGGCUGGUAUGAAGCCGGGACUGUUCUUCGCUCGGAGGAGAUGGAAAAAGAAGAAGAACAGCAAGGCAGUUAAAAGCCGGACAGAGCAAGAGUGGAACUGUGGAGAGAUUUUUGGAUGCACAGAAUCCAAAUUCAAACCUGUUAAAGAUGACGGAGCAUACAGUACUGUACUUGCCAUCUAUUUUGAGAUCUCAAUAGUUUUUCCAUGAUGAUGAAAAGGUUGCUAUACCAGUGUGUUGUUGGGUUAUGCAUACAUACAUUGUGUGCUUGAAUAUGCCUAAUAAUGCACACAUGUGUAUAUUGAAGGUGUGGGUAGUGAAAAUACUUGAAAAAACGGAUACUCUAGCCUUCGAGGUAGUGUAGUACUAAUACCAAUGUUGUACAGAAUUCCCUUUAAGACUAACUCCUCAGUUAUGAAUUUGUACUCCGAAGUGUGACUUAGAAAAACUAUGAAGCAGGAGCGAGUGUAUGUAAUAUAAAGUGUAUAUCUGUAAUCCACUCUUACCAAACCCUUAUAUACAGCGGUAGAAACCAAAUGGCAUUACUAGUGCACUUCGACUAGGUCACUGCUUUAACCAUUCUCAUUUUGUCCCAUCCUGGCUAAGGUUCCUUUGGGAAUGUCUUUUCAUGGUGCCAGCUUA